AUGCUAUCAAUAAUACGAAGUCGAUGGCUAUUGAAACGGAGUUCAUGCACCGUAAGACUCUAUAGAAACAUAGCUGCAUCAAAUUCCACUCAAUUAAAACCAACAAUUCUUGAAAUUCAUAAUCAACCACCACCAACUAAUCAAAUAUUGGAAACUCAAGGACAUGUUAAAAGUAUUAGAAAGUUCAAAAAAGUAGGAUUUUUAGAUAUUAAUGAUGGUUCAAUAUAUCAAGGACUUAAUAUCGUAUUAAAAGAUCCAAAUUCUCAAUCACUACCUGAAUUAAAGGUUGGUCAAAGUAUUAAGGUUAAAGGUGAUUGGAUAGAAAGUAAAGGAAAACAAUCAUAUGAAUUGAUAUAUGAUGAUAAGAACCCAAAGCAUGAGUUGACUAUAGUUGGUGAUGUUGCUUCUGAUUAUCCUCUUCAAAAGAAAGAAACAACUAUGCAAAAUUUACGAUUAUAUCCAUCACUUAGACAUCGUACUUCUACAUUAUCAUCAUUUCUUAGAUUACGAUCAUUUUUAGAAACUAAAUUUAUGGAAUUCUUUAAUUCAAAAAGUUUUACAAAAGUAACUCCUCCUAUAAUUACCAGUUCUGAUUGUGAAGGUGCUGGUGAAGUAUUUAAAGUAGAACCUGUUGUUAAUAAAGGAGGUGAUGAUGGCAAAGAAACAGAGAAAUUCUUUGGAAAAGAUGCAUAUCUUACUGUAUCGACACAACUUCAUUUGGAAGCACUUACAAUUGGAUUGAAUCGUGCUUGGACAUUAACACCAUGUUUUAGAGCGGAGAAUUCCAAUACUAGUCGUCAUUUAUGUGAAUUUUGGAUGCUUGAAGCUGAGAUUUGUUAUAUUGAUGAUUUGAAACAAUUGACGAAUUUUACAGAAGAUAUGGUUAGAUAUGUCACUGAAGCGUUGGUUGAAGGCACAGGAGCAAUAACAACUAAGUUUGAGUCUGGAAAUGGGAAUGAUUUAUUAGGUGCUUCGUAUGGUACUGCCAAUGAAAUAAUUAAGAAGAGAUGGGACGCGUUAUUGACAUCAGAUAGAUGGCCAAGUAUGACAUAUACUGAAGCAGUGGAAUAUCUUAAUAAGAAUCAUUUACCAUCCGUAGAACAGCUUACAUGGGGAGAAUCAUUACAAUUAAAACAUGAGAAAUUAUUAGCUAAGGAAUCACCAAUAUUUAUUACUGAUUAUCCAUCAAGUUUAAAACCAUUCUAUAUGUUAAAAUCAAAGGAUUGUGAUCCAACUAAACCCACGGUUGCAUGUUUUGAUCUUUUGAUUCCAGAUUUUGGUGAAUUAGCCGGUGGAUCCCUUAGAGAACAUGAUUAUGAUACAUUGGUUAGGGAUAUGAAGAGGUAUAACAUGAAUAUAGAAGAUAUGGAAUGGUAUUUAACUCUUCGUAAGAAUGGUACUGUUCCGCAUGGAGGAUUUGGUUUAGGAUUUGAAAGAUUAAUGAUUUAUUUGGUAGGACAUGAGAACGUGAAAGAUAUUGCUGCAUUUCCUAGAGCUCCACAAGUUUGUAGUUGUUAG